ACAUGCGCUACACGCGCACUCCUUCGCAUUCCCCAUUCCCUCUCCCUGCAGUUUCCCUCUCUGCACAGCGGCGACGCUGCGAGUGUUCGCCAUGGGCGAGAAGAACGAUGGAGGCGACGGGACGGUCAGAGGAGCAGGAGGAGGAGGAGGAGGUAAGGCGGCCAACGACCAGAAGAACGGGCAUGUGGUGGUCGUCUUGAAGAUGGACCUGCAUUGCGGAGGCUGCGAAGCCAAAAUCGACAAGUUCCUUAAGAGAUUCCCAGGUGUGGAGAAGACGAAGGUGGAGGGAGGGGCGAUGAAGGUGACGGUGGAAGGGAGAGUGGACCCCGCGAAGCUUCGCGAGAAACUGCAGGAGAAGACGAAGAAGAAAGUGGAGCUGGUGUCUCCGCUGCCCAAGAAAGUGAAGGACCAGGCCAACAACGAGAAGAAGGAGAAACCCAAAGAGCCUCCGGUGACGACGGUGGUUCUGAAGUUCAGUUGCCUCCACUGCGAGGGAUGCAUCCAGAAGAUUCGCAAGAUAAUCACAAAAACAAAAGGCGUUCUCGACGUGGCCUUCGACAGGGACAAGGACACGGCCACGGUGAGGGGGGCCAUGGACGCCAAGGCGCUGGCCAAGAGCCUGAGGGAGCAGAUGAAGAGGGCGGUCGAAAUCGUCCCGCCAAAGAAAGAGAAAGAGGGUAGCGAGGCCAAGGGCAAGGAAGGCGGCAGGAAGAACGAGAACGUCGGCGGCGGCGGCGGCCCUAACAAGGAGAUCAAUGGCUGGUGGGAGAAAGUGGAAGGCCAGCGAAUGGAGUACCAAGGGCCAUACGGGUACGGAUACGGGGGCGUGUAUUGGGAGCCAAUGCACUUGCAUGCGCCGCAACUGUUCAGCGACGAGAACCCGAAUGCUUGCUCCGUCAUGUGAGCCGAGCCAAAACAAGAGAAAUCAGGGUAAAUAAGGGGAGAGGAUACUGUAAAAAAGAGCGAAACGUCGAUGAGUUUGAGGAGGUGAAGAUGUGACCUGACCAAUGCCUAGAGUUGGUCAAAUUUCAGGAAAUCGUUUUACCACUUUCCUUUUUCUUUUGUGGCAUUUGGAACGCGCUAUACGGUUCGGUUCGGUUGAUUUGGCUGGUUUUGCCUUCUUUUUGGUUUGCUUGUUCCCUUUACUUCUUGCCCAUUUGUUGGUCCUGGCUGAGAAAUCGCAUUGGUAAACCGACCUAAACGAAACGACACUGUGCAUACUUUUCA